UUGCUUUAAUAUACAUUUAUUUAGUUGAGUCUGUGAUUCUCAAAAAGGCAAAGUUACCAGCUUUUCCAUAUACCUGAGUCUCAUAUCAAUUGAUACACUUAAGUGUUUGUAAGGUGUGCGCACUGGCUGUAUCUCGGAAAUCUGGACUAUGAGAAGGAGCUCAGAACAGCAACAAAACCCAACAAACGACCAAGUACUUGAAGGUAAAACAAAAGACCAUUUUGAUGACCUCGGUGCGCGACCAGCUUCUGGAUCAGCCUACGGAAGACAGACGGAAGGAACCAUUUGUGUUGCCCGUACCGCGGUUCGAGCUCUAAUCUAAAAAGCGCGAUGCAAUAUUACAACAUUAACCAACACGGUAGACAGUACUAAAUAUGUUAUGCCGCCCUAAACAAACAUUUAUACAAAUGUGGCCUGUAACUUUGGGUUGUAUCUGUUAUUUUUUACGCAUUGGUAAAAGGGAAAAAUACUUUUUUUGUUUUGAAGUCUAGGAAAUUGAGCUCACCCUCCUUGCGCAAUCGGCUGACGCCACAUCUCCCUGAUUUAUAACCAAGGCUGGUGGAUUUCAAAGUACGCUUCAUUUCUGCGUUUCUUCUCACCUCACGGAAGACCUCUUAGCAGCGGGAUUUACUAUGGACACCAAGUACCACUCACAGAUGUUACCGAUGCAAACCAGCAACUACGAGCGGCUGUGUGAACCUGGAAAAAGACCUAUGAAUCCCCAAGAGCUGCGGAAGGCAUCGACCUCCCCACUGCGGGAUCACAUUCUGUGGUCCUUGUUCAACUUGUUCUACUGUAAUCCAUGUUGCUUGGGAUUCAUCGCUCUUUACUACUCUAUCAAGGCCAGAGACCGGAAGGUGCUGGGCGACCUGGAAGCCGCACAGGUGUACGGAUCUAAGGCUUGCUGCUGUAAUUCAGCUGCCCUCUUCUCCUCCUUGGUCAUCCUGAUCUUCUUCAUCGUGAUUUUGUGGAAAGAUAUUUCGACAGUGAUAGUAAUGUAUGAAGAAAUGGAAAAACAGCAGAAUCGUGGUUUGAAGAGGAAUCCCUUUCUUCAUGGGCGUUAUUAGGCCUACUUUAAAACGAGCUUAUAAGAUAGGCCUCCUAUCUGCAGAAUGUUCAUAGCCUCUCAUAUGUAUCCACUUUUAAAACAAAUAGUUGCUCUACCAAUUUGUUGCAGUAGUUUGUUGUUCCUUUGUAUAACGAUGUGACACUUUAAUAUGGAAACAAAUUCAUUAAAUUUGAUCUAAAAUCUUUACAUUUAACCUGUAA